UCUAUAGAACUACACAACGAAUGAAAUAUUAAAAAAAAAUUUAAAGCAAAGUUAAAUCAAUUUUAGAUGAGUUUAUAUUCCAUUGUCUAACAAGAAACAUACUGUUCUUGUAAAAUUAUUGUUAGAAUUUCAUUUUCUCAUUAUAAAAAACCAAAAGGGACUUUAGACGAAAUCUCAAGUGACCCUGCAGGGCAAAGUUCGAUUUACAAAGGAACCCUGAGGAGCUGUAUCUGAUCCGAUAGUUUUGGGAGAUGGAUGGAGAAAAGACGACUUAGAUACAGUUUGUGGAUUGGAGGGAUGCUACUUUAUCAAUGAUUUGAAAAGCAGAGACGAAACAAUGACAACUCGAAAUAUUAACAUAUUUAUUUCUGGAUCUAACUUGAGAAAUAUCGAUGUAAGAGAUAUUGAAGAGAAGUGUGGUCCAACAGCACUUUGCUUCGUUACAUUUAUCAGACGUUCUACACAACCUAGGAUUCAACUUGGUGAAAAAACCAGAUUUAUAAUUCUUGACGUUGUGCUCACAAACUCUGGGUUUUCCAUGAAUAUUGACUGUGGGCACACCUUACACAUGAAUGUUGCUUUUAACUUGAUCACAAUAAAACGUAAUAAAUCUGCCAGUAAAACUGCUGGAGUAGAAUGCUUGAAUAAGAAGGUUAAUUUUCGCGUUGCCUUCAAUAAAAUUGCGCCCUACGUUCAUAUAUACGACGAUCCAACAAAGAUGGGAGGACCGGAACCAUCUAUUAUGCAAGUGUUUGCUAAGAAAGAAGGUUUAAACCUAGAAUGGGUAAAUGCUAACUUUGCCUGGGGAUUAAUUAGUCCUGAAACAGGAUUAUGGAUUGGAACAAUCGGAAAGGUUUUGUAUGGGGAAGUUUCUGCAGGAAUCACUAAUGUUGACAUCACAUAUACCAGAUAUAAGGUUGUGGAUUACACAAGUCCUAUUUCCAUCAAUAGAGGAAUUAUUCUCUCUAAAAAACCAGGACCAGCAUCUUCUAUUUUUAAUGUUGUAAAGGUGUUUGAUCCUUUAGUUUGGAGUUUGAUAAUUGUAGGCCUAUUCACUAGUUUUGCUCUUCUUUUUGUCUUUCAUUCAGUUGAAGUAGAGGGGUAUCAGGGUUAUGAUGAAAACUUGUUAUUUUUUAACCUUCUCGGCCAGCUGGUUCGUCAACCGGUCCAGAUGAACCUGCCCAGAUGGAUGGAAGUCCUGGUAGUCUCAUUUUCAAUUUUUGGACUCUUUAUAGGAUUCUUCUAUGAGAGUUUGAUUUUAUCCACACUUGUAUCAGUGCCCUACGAGAAACCUAUCAACUCCUUGAAGGAUAUUAUUGAACGAGGAUCUCGAGUGUAUAUUUGCCAAGGAGGAACAUAUGAGGCUUUCUUCCGUGACUCUACCGAAGAAACACCAAAGAAAAUAUAUGAAAUGGCAACAAGUAGCAGCAAAUACAAUGGUAUAGUACCUUGUAGUGUGGAGGAACAAAGACGACAGAGUGAAGAAAUGGUAAACAAUGGCGCAGUAAGAAUUGUUGCUUCUACCAUGGGCCUAUCAGUGUUUCAAGAUUACUAUGAUAGAAAUAGUGUCCAGCCGUUCCGAAUGGGUCAAGAUAAGAUAUUCCAUUUUUAUGUUGGAAUUCCAGUUCGCAAAGAUGCUCAGUGGAAGGAUAGUUUAGGUUACAGUGAUACAGUGAUAACUAGAAAACUCUGGCAUAAGAAGUCGACUUUAGAUUCAAAUUCCGUCAUUAAUCAGUUAUGGGCAGGUGGACUUCUAUCUAAAUGGUUUAACGAUGAAUUCAAUUCUAAGAUUUUCCUAAAAACUACGGAUGAUGACUCUGCUCCGCUAAAAAUGGAAUAUUUCUGGUUCCCUACCAUCAUUCUUUUCUCAGGAGUAAUCUUAGGGUUAACUGCGUUUUUGGUGGAACUGAACAAAACUAAGAACAAGAGCAAUAAGAAGAAGAAUUUAAACGAAUAAUGUAAUUUGAUGAAAAAAUUAAUAAACAUUAUCAUUUUA